AUGGGAAGCGUAAAUGUCAAUCGCAAUGUCAGCGAUGCCUUCUAUCGCUAUAAAAUGCCGCGGAUUCAGGCCAAGGUGGAGGGUAAAGGAAACGGUAUCAAGACAGUGAUCGUCAAUAUGGUGGACGUAGCCAAGGCGAUCGGCCGUCCGGCCACUUAUCCGACCAAGUACUUCGGUUGCGAGCUGGGUGCGCAGACCCAGUUUGAUUUCAAGAACGAGCGUUUUAUCGUCAACGGCUCGCACGAUGCCACGAAACUGCAAGAUUUGCUCGAUGGUUUUAUUCGGAAAUAUGUUCUAUGUCCAGCUUGUGACAAUCCGGAAACUGAGCUGAUGGUCAGUUCGAAGAAGGGUACGAUCUCACAAGGCUGCAAAGCCUGUGGUCAUCACGGUCUUCUAGAGAGUAACCACAAGCUGAACACCUACAUAUUGAAGAAUCCGCCGAGUCUGAAUCCAGCGGUGCAGGGCAGUUCAUUGACGGAGGGCAAACGCGGCAAACGUUCGAAACGUGCCAAUGGUGACACCGCGGCUGCAUCCGCAACCGUUGCUGCCACUACCAAUGGCAACGAUCGAUCUUGCUCGCCGGAAAAUGAAGUCAACAACUCCGGAGAUAUCGUGGUGGAGCCUCCGCCGGAAAGAAAGAUCACCAACAAUGAGGAUGACGAUAAAUGGGCGGUCGAUGUGUCCGAAGAAGCGGUCAGAGCUCGUCUCCAGGAUCUGACGGAAGGCGCAAAGGGCAUGACUAUCAGCGAUGAUCUCGAAAAGAGUGAGAAAGAGCGCAUGGAUAUGUUCUACAAACUGGUCAAGUGCCGCCGCGAUGCCGGUCAGCUCGACAAUAAUCACAAAGAGCUCGUAGCCGAGGCCGAACGUCUCGAAAUCAAGACCAAGGCACCAUUGAUCCUCGCUGAAUUGUUAUUCGAUCAAGGAAUCGCCGCACAGGCAAAGAAGUAUCGCGUACUGUUGCUGCGUUUUACCCAUGAUGACAUCAAGGCGCAGAAAUAUUUGAUCAGAGGUAUUGAACAGGUCAUUGCGCUGCAUAAGGAUGCCCUGAUGCCAAAGGUUCCUGGAAUUCUUAAGUUAUUUUACGACGCUGAUAUCCUGGAGGAAAAAGCAUUUGACGAAUGGUCGAGCAAAGUCAGUAAAAAAUACGUCUCGAAGGAUUUGUCACAAGAGAUUCACGAUCGGGCCGCACCAUUUCUAACAUGGUUAAAAGUUGCAGAGGAAGAAGAGUCUGAGUCCGAGGAAGAAGAUGACGAUUUAGAAAUUGAAUACGAUGAUAGAGCCAAACAAGAAUCCCUGAAACAGCAGCAACCGACAACUGUGCCGAAACCUGCCACCGCUGCCACCGCCGCCGUGAAAGAUGAUUCUGAUGAGGAAGACUUCGAUAUUGAUGCCAUUUAAAGCACACAUAGGCACACAUAAUACAACACACAUACAUACACACAAACGCGCAACUGAUGAUGAAAAAUACUGAUGCGAUACGUAAUACAAAACGAAUAAUCAUUUUUCUCUCAAAAAGAGCUAUGCAAAUGCAAUCUCAAGUUAUGUGCAAAUAAAUAUAAGGUUUUUUGUUGUUUUAGACCGACAAGAUCAAUAAUUAAUACACAAUGCCGUUUACAUGUUAAUGAAAAAAAAAAAAAAAGAAAUUUUAAUUGUUCCCAAGCGUUUAGUAUGAUUUAUCUCUCUCUGUGUACAGUGUGUAUCCAUAAUAUUUUUAAUUGUUUUAACGAUACGGUAAAUGCGCGUUUAACGAAAAUAUUAUUUCUAUAUUAUUGAUUGUUAUCAUGUUUUUUUAAUGGGUACUAUGAUGCGCUUAUCUUGAAAUAUGUUCUCUGCAUUCGUUUCAGAU